UCCCAGCCCCAUCCAGCCCCGGCUCUGCCUUCCCCGCCCGGCGUGGCUCGACGCGAUGUGGCGGCGGCGUUAUGUGAGCGGCCGGCAGCUGGACGGCUUCCGCCACUACAAGUACAGUGCUGUGGAUACAAAUCCUUUAUCAGUGUAUGUUAUGCAGCCCAUCUGGAACAAAAUCAUUAAGAUCGUGCCUUUAUGGAUUGCUCCAAACCUUCUCACCUUCUCUGGAUUUGUCAUGAUUUUAGUUAAUUAUUUUCUGAUAUCUUUUUAUGACUGGGACUACACUGCUUCAGGUACCAGUCCUGGACGUGUUCCAACCUGGGUGUGGCUGUUCAGUGCUUUUACCACCUUCUGUGCCUAUGCCUUAGAUUCCAUAGAUGGGAAGCACGCUCGAAGGACUCAGUCGAGUAGUCCUCUGGGAGAACUGUUUGACCAUGGGCUGGACAGCUGGGCUACCUCCAUUUUUGUGCUCUCUUUUUUUUCUGUCUGUUCCCGGGACAAUGGGAAGACUGGAGUUUCUGUAUAUACAAUGUAUAUGUAUUUAAGCAUUGUCUUGUUUAACUUUAUGUGUUCACACUGGGAGAAAUAUAACACAGGAGUUCUUUUUCUUCCUUGGGGAUACGAUCUGAGCCAAGUGGUGUUAAUAGCAGCAUAUCUGCUCACUGGCAUUGUGGGUGUGGAAGUUUGGCAGAAGCCUUUCCUGCUUGGUUAUUACAUUACAGAUAUAUUAGUAAUCCUACUUAUAGGCUUCAGUUUACUCCUUUCAUUUCCACAGACACUAUACAACAUCCACAGAGCACAUUUAAGGAAAACACUGAAGAAUGAUUCUUUGUAUGAAGGACUCCUACCUCUUGUGUCACCUCUGUUGCUCUUCAUGCUUCUUACAGUCUGGGUGGUUUUAUCUCCGGGCAACAUAUUAGCAAAGCAACCAAGAUUGUUUUUAUGGAUGGUUGGGGUUACUUUCUCAAAUGUUAUUUGCAAAGUCAUCAUCUGCCAGAUGAGCAGCACACAGCCAGAGCUGCUGCACUGGUUCCUGUUCCCCUUGGCGCUGGUGGUCUAUGCAGCCAUCUCAGGGCUGCUGGGCCAAGCGGAGGAAGCUGUGCUGGGUGCCUUCACCGCGCUGGUCACGGCUGCACACGUGCACUACGGCAUCUGUGUGGGGAGGCAGCUGAGCGAACACUUCAACAUUUACAUCUUUUCGUUGAAGAAACGUGUCCAGGAGUGAGCACUCACACUGGGACCGGACUGUGACGCUUCACAUGAGAUUUCCAGCUUCUGGAUGUGAUCAAUCAUGGAAUGAAUCUGAUUCGAGCAACCAAAGAUCAGAAUAGCCCAGAUACUCGAACCACUGUGACAACAAUGCUGCAUCUCAGAGGAAAAUUCCUGUCUGGCAGAGGGGCGUUUACCAGGUUGUUCUGCUGCCAGUAUUUACUCUCUUCACUAAUGCCAUAACCCUGCUAUGAAGUGCUGGUCUUCCUCCUCCUUGCCCCCAUGCCCCAAGCGCUGGGUACCGCCGUGCUGGCUCACAUGGGACCCACCAUGUUUUAUAACUCCUUGCCUGCUCUGUCCACCAGCGGGACCCCGCAUUGCAGACCCACCCGCUGCAUCCUUCUCACUCAGACAUCUGUGCCUGCUGCCAUUUCCAUAUUUGUUUCCUCACGACUCAUUUCUUCCAUGCAGCUCCCUGAAAGGCUUAUGUACACCCAGGCAUUUCUUCACCUUAUCCGAAUGCGUGAAGAGAAUGAGAUCAGAAAGUUAUGGGCAUGGCAUAUCUUCCCCCUCUGCAGCAUUAGGAUGAGCCUCAACUGACCUGCAUCUGUCAAAAACACGGGCUCCGUACCCAAGGAACUUGUCGUUACGCUUCUGUUCUAUGCAGUAACCGGCGUGCAGUUGGUACUUAAGUAGCAGCAAACAGCGUGCCCUACAAAGGUAACCAGCUGAGCAGAAAUGUGGCCGGCAAAGAUGCUUGUAUUUCACUGCCUGACGGGUGGUUGCUGAUAGGCCGACUCAGCACACAGCAUUCAAAACCACGAACAAGCAAUGAAAAACGAGCCACGUUCCAAGCAUUUUUAAGCCCCAUCUCUCAGUUCAAAAUGCUAAGCAAGUGAUUAUUUGCUUGUGUUCUUGAUCUGAAUUCUUGUGGUUUUAGAUGAUGGAAAAAACAACAAACAAGACAAGAAUUGAGAAGAGCUUUUUUUGCUUUUUAGCAUCACCCAUUUGCAUGCAGAUGUAAACUGCUCACUUCAUCCAUAAUCCGGGUGGGUUUUCUGUGUGCCUUGGAGGAAGGCACAGAAAUCUGAGUUCCCCCUCUUUCCCUAAGCUGCCCUCACCAUAGGGCCCUGUGGCCCUGUGGCACUAACCAAACUACCUGCCCACCUGCCCCGAGGGGAGCACUUUAUUCCAUUCCUUGCACAGACACACGAGUGACUGAUCAGCACGUGUAUCCAGCAGGGACCCAUCUCAGCCAGCAGAAGCAGGGAAGCAGGGCAGAAGCGGUUAGCGAAUCACUGAACAUUAGAUUCAUCAACUUAACGCGUGCGCUGGGGACAAGCCUGUGUGUUACUUUUCCCCCUUCACAAAGCAGCAGCCCCAGAUGAACUUGUGAAAUACCCUGUGCUUUGGAAGGAUGCACGUUCCACCUAAUCCAUGACCACAUCGAGGGCCGCUCCACCUCAGUGAACAUCAUGCUACAGACCAAAGAAAGCUUAAGGCUCGUGUCAGGCAGAAGCGCAGGCAGAUUUGUUCAUGGGGUUUUGCUGAAGAGAACUCUGUGGACAGGUCUUAUUUUUCCCUCUGUCUUGCACUUAAUUGUAAAAUAACUGGAAAUAAUGGUCACAGAAUUGCCACACUUUGAUGCACUGUACCGGAGUGUUUUGGAAUAUUACAUUAAUGAAGUUAUAAAACUUGAACUGCCACAGCUGCCUGCACUUGUCUCAUUCUGAAGAGAAGCAUAACAUCAGUGUAAAAGGAAACUGAGCACUUUUUUUUCCUUUUUAAAGUAAUUUGUCACUACAGUCUACGUAAGGACAAGUAUAAGCAGAGAUAACGCAAUGCACAGUGUAUAUACUGAAUUGUGAACCAUCAGAGAUGGUAAGAGCUACAAUGAAAGAGAAUAAAAAUGCUCUGUUCAUACAGCA